CUUCCUCACCUCCCUUUCCACCCAUAAAAGAAACAAAGAAACCACAAAUCCAAUUUCAAAAUGCACACUCCUCCGUUCCUCUUCCUCCACCUACUUCUUCUUCGUCUCCUGCUCCACCAAAUUCCAUGGCCAACAAUCUGCCUGAAUAAUUUAAUCCAUAUUCCACUCUUUCUCCCCCUUCUCUCUUUUUACACUGUCUCUCUGAGACAUGACUUCCUCUUUCUGCUUAUCUUCAACCAGAAAUACCAGUACUUCUUCACCUCGAGGAUUCUUUCUGCAUAACACCCAUCUCUACAUUCCCAAACGUCGCUCUCCUUUCUUUCCCCAUGAAACUCAACUCCCCAAGAGAGAGACUUCGCUGCUUCUCAAGCCUCAACUACUGUCACCCAAAUCUUCUUAUUUACCCACCUUGAGGCUGAAAGACGCUAAAUUCACACAUCCGUUUGCAAGCCUAUCGUCUUAUGCCGAAGCUGAAGGCGAAGAAGAAAAGGAGGAGAUCAAACUCAACGAACAUCAUCGUCAUGAAGUUGAGAAAACCGAGGACGACGACUCGCGUGGAAUGGCUCAAGCUUUUCACAUAUCUUCAAGCUCUGCUUCUGCUAUUUAUAUAUGCAUAGCGUUCGUGGCUCUCUGCUUUCCAUUGUUUAUGAAGUCUUUGGGGCAGGGGUUGUCCUUGAAGACCAAGCUAUUGUCAUAUGCAACUCUGCUAUCGGGGUUUUACAUGGCUUGGAAUAUUGGAGCCAAUGAUGUGGCCAAUGCCAUGGGGACCUCUGUAGGUUCGGGGGCAUUGUCGCUCCGACAGGCCGUGUUGACGGCCGCGGUUUUGGAGUUCACCGGGGCAUUGUUGAUGGGCACCCAUGUGACGAGUACAAUGCAGAAGGGCAUUAUUGUCGCUAAUGUGUUUGAGGGAAAGGAUAUGCUGCUCUUCUCUGGAUUGCUCUCUUCGUUGGCUGCUGCUGGUACUUGGUUGCAGGUUGCAUCCUAUUAUGGUUGGCCUGUCUCCACGACACAUUGUAUAGUAGGAUCAAUGGUUGGAUUUGGACUUGUCUACGGAGGACCUGGUGCUGUCUUCUGGAGUUCACUGGCAAGGGUAACUUCUUCGUGGGUGAUCUCGCCAUUAAUGGGAGCACUGGUGUCAUUUCUUGUCUACAAAUGCAUUCGUAGGUUUGUGUACAGCGCUACAAACCCAGGACAAGCUGCAGCUACAGCUGCACCAGUUGCUGUGUUCAUUGGUGUAACCGGAAUUUCUUUUGCAGCCUUUCCUCUUAGCAAGAGCUUUCCUCUGGCUGUGGCUCAGGCUUUAGCCUGUGGAGCUGCUGGAGCAGUCCUUGUAAACAAAAUUAUCCGAAAACAGCUGGGUCAUCUCCUUGUUAAGUCCACUACAUCGCAAGCACAGCCAAAAGAGGAAGUCGUCCUCAACAAAAAUAUUGGGUUGCUUUCUGAUAUUGCAGGGCCAAAGGGUACCCAGCUGGAGAUUGUUUAUGGGGUAUUCGGGUACAUGCAGGUCCUCUCAGCCUGCUUCAUGUCAUUUGCCCAUGGAGGAAAUGAUGUAUCUAAUGCAAUAGGUCCUCUGGCUGCUGCACUAUCUAUACUUCAUGGAGGUACCGGUGGAACUGAUAUUGUUAUUCCAACUGAUGUUCUUGCAUGGGGAGGACUUGGGAUUGUUGCAGGACUGACAAUGUGGGGGUAUAGAGUGAUAGCAACAAUUGGGAAGAAGAUAACAGAACUCACACCAACUAGAGGAUUCGCAGCUGAGUUUGCUGCGGCCUCUGUGGUUUUAUUUGCAUCGAAGCUGGGGCUUCCCAUCUCAGCAACCCACACUCUAGUUGGUGCAGUCAUGGGCGUGGGGUUUGCAAGAGGACUCAAUAGUGUUAGAGCAGAGACGGUGAAGGAGAUUGUGAUUUCUUGGGCCGUGACAAUUCCAGUCGGUUCUCUCCUUUCAGUUGCCUAUACAUGGAUAUUCACCAAACUUUUGUCUUAUAUUUUGUGAGUGUACGCUCAAAAGAUUAAAUUCAUGAAAGUUGUAUGUGACUAUUUAAAAUUUUUUCCACAUUUUAACCAAACUUGAUUCGUAGAAUGUUAUCUUUGUUCGAGCUAAUGCGAUUUCCUUCAAGUGGUAGUCACCGCA